AUGCCUGGCAUCACAACACUACCAAGCCAUUCUAUGGUUCAAGACGAAGACCGGGAUAUUGAGGCUAUUCCAAGUCAUCCAUUGGGUGUCAAACCAAGUGGCAAUGCUUUAUUAGCCACAUCCAAUAUCCGGACGGCUAUUGGAUCAUGGCAACUGCUACCCGAUGAAUUGAUCCUGUUAUUACUGGAGUCAUUGGAUGGAGCCAGUCUAUUGCGCAUUGGUCGGGCUUGUAAAGCAUUCUAUGCAUUUACUCGUUCAGAAGAUUUAUGGAAGACUCUCUUUGUCCGAUCCGCCCCGGACUCAUUCACAUGGCGAGGAACAUGGCGAUCAACAUAUCUGAAUCUACCCGCCACCAAAGUUCCCCAGGUAGACUGCUCUACACUCUACUCUGAUGCUCUAUAUCGCCCCUUCAACUGCGCUCACAUCCGACUGGAUCCAUAUGUCACCAAGAUCCCAGCGCGCAAUCAAAUUCCCCGUCUACCAGACCUCUCACCAGAGGAAUUUCAUGAAAAAUGGGCCGAUCGCCCAUUCAUCCUUACCGAGCCUAUCAAGGAAUGGCCAGUCUACAAGAACUGGACAAUGGGCACUCUGCUUUCUAAGUACGGCCAGGAGAAAUUCCGCGCUGAAGCCGUCGACUGGGCUUUACGCACCUACGGCGACUACAUGGCCGACAACGCGGACGAAAGUCCGCUGUACCUUUUUGACCGGAAUUUUGUCUCGAAGAUGGGUCUGGCUGUUGGGCGACCAGAUGAGACACCCGAUGCGGCAUACUGGCCACCUGCGUGUUUCGCUGAGGAUCUCUUCUCAGUACUUGGGAAUGACCGACCAGAUCGACAGUGGAUGAUUGUUGGACCCGAGCGCUCGGGCAGCAAGUUCCAUAAAGACCCGAAUGCGACGAGUGCGUGGAAUGCGGUCCUCCGAGGCCCGAAGUAUUGGAUUAUGUUCCCGUCUGGCGACAAGCAGGAUCCCCCACCGGGAGUCUUUGUCUCGGAUGACCAGAGCGAGGUGACUUCGCCACUUAGUAUUGCUGAAUGGCUUCUCACAUUCCAUGCUGAGGCGCGAAGCACGGCGGGUUGUAUGGAGGGGAUUUGUGGAGAGGGUGAGAUUCUACAUGUGCCAUCUGGGUGGUGGCACUUGGUUGUGAACUUGGAGCCAUCGAUCGCUAUCACUCAGAACUUUAUCCCACGGGCUCACCUUGGCGCGGCGCUUGAUUUCCUGUCUAACAAGGCGGACCAGGUUUCUGGAUUCAAGAAGAACGUGGAGAACCCGUAUCAGAAGUUUAUUGCUGGAAUGCAAGAUGCAUACCCAGAACUUUUGAAAGAGGCACAAGAAGAGCUGGAAAGGAAAGCAGAGGGCAAGAAGCGCAAGUGGGAUGAUAUUGUUCACUCAAAGGUAGACUCCGAUGAGCAGGAAACUGGAGGAUUCAGUUUUGGAUUUGGAGAUGAUGGGAGUGAUGUUGAAGUGCCCUAA